AUGGAGAUCUUGAGCGUCGUCGUCGACAAAAAGGAAGCAGAAGCUAUCGAGAGACGAAGACAUAGAGAAGCACUUCGGCAGGAGCGAAUUUUUAAUGUGCGAGAAAGAACGAUGGGGGUUGAUACUUCUGCCCUGGAUCUCCAAUCCGCCGAGCGCUCUCGAAGGGAAAAAUUCGAGGAUGAGCGUCACCAAGCAUACGCCAAAGAAAUGGUUCGAAACGACAAGCUCGCAACUUUGGCAAGCCUCCGCCACAACCAGGACCUGCGCGAAAUGGCGAAAGAGCUCAACAACUUUCGCUUUCAAAAUCAACGCGCAGACACGCGCCGGGAAUGGGACUUGAAUGAUCCAGACGCGAAGCUGAAAGACAAACCAGCGAGAACGAGCGAUUUUGAUCGAUCAUUGGGACUUUCCGCCGCGCAAGUGUUUGAUGGAGAAGAUUUGGCGGCGAAAUCGCGCCAAGAAGUUCAGAAAACGCAGCGAAAUCAGUGGGCAGAGGCGCAGAAGAUCGAAAAAGACUUCAAAACGCAAGUUGAAGAGUUCGAAAAGCACAAAUUCGCACAACAACAAUUGGAAAAUAUCGCCUCGUUUCAGAAAAUGGAGGAAGAAGCAGAGUCGCAAAAAGCGGCUGAAAGAAAAGCUCUCCGAGAUUUCAAUCUUCAGCAAGCGGAGGAAAGAAAACAACGAGAAGCAGAACGCGCCCAGCAGGAUUUGCAAGAUAAACUGACCGAAAUUAAAAACAAUAUUUUCGGGGACACCCUAACCGAAAAUCCGGCAGUGGCCAUGUCUGCUUUUGGCUCUCAUAGAGUCAUAACUGACCGAUGGAAGGGAAUGUCUCCUGAACAAGUCGAAGAAAUUCGCCGAAUUCGUGAAAAGCAAAUCGAGGAGAAACAAACCGAACAGACCAUGCGAAAGACAAUGGAAAGGCAGUGGGAUGAUGAACGGAUUCGACAGGCAAAGACAUCGACUUUGAUGGAAAGAAGCUCGGCAAGACAGCGCCGCGAGCAGCAGAAAAAACUCAUCGAAGAAAAUCGACGAUUAGCGAAGGAACAGGCCGCGAAAUUGAACCAUCUUGACCACGAAGUUUAUACAAAUCCACCUACAGCUGCUUAUUUUAAUCAAUUCAACACCACUUCUCGCUGA